AAUAUAUCGUCUACAUGACCACUCCCGCCAUUAAACCUCUGCUUCCACUUUCUCCUUCCAUUAAUCAGCCAUCUAGGUCACCCGCUUCAUGGAGUAUUUGCAAACCCAACUUCCCUCGCCACCGCCGCCAAGUUGCGGCCUCCGUCGCCUUCAAUCCGUCGGGAAAUUUUGAACUCUCUUUGCAAGAUGAUGAAGAUGGUAUUCGCUUGGGGAAUGGGAUAAUUAAGCCAAUUGGGCAGCUUGAAAAAUCCCUUGCAGAGGAAAGUCCACUGAUAGAAGAAGGUUUUGGGAAGAUUUUUACUCUCUGCAGAAAAGGGCAGUGUAAUUCAGGAAACAUUAGAAAACUUCUGACUGCGACUUCUCCAUCAUCUUCAACCCCUUCCAUAACAAGGAAUAAUGAGGAAGGAGAAAACUUUAAAAGGGGCAGUCCCAUAUCAAAGAAAGAGGAGCUGAGUGUGAAAGAUAAGAAGGAAUUGGACAAUUCAGAGGCAGUUUCUGAGAAUCUUGAGGCAGGCCAAGAGCAUUAUCCAGACCUCGUAGACAUUGCAGAGAUGGACUAUUCUCCAGCAAAGAGAAAGCCUCCAAUACAUAACUGAUCCCAAAAGAAGAGACAAACAAGAAGAAAACAAAACAAACAAACAAAAAAUGGGGAGCAAAAAACAGUAAAAAUAAAUAAAUAAUAAUAAUAAUAAAGAGAAAAGUAAGUUUGUAGGGUAAUAUUCAACAAUGGGAAGAGAAAAAAAGAGGUAUAAAAAGACAGCGUUACAGAAAUGCUGCAGGUUUUUUAGGGUUUAGGGAACUGUCCUUUGUA